AUGAAGUCGUCAUUUCGCUUUGCGAAUGUGUGCGGCACGGUGUACCAACAAGGUAACAUACAGUUUGCAGGUGAUGGAGAUAUGCUCUAUUCUCCCGUUGGAAAUCGUUUGUCGGUAUUCGACCUUGUGCGAAACAUGUCGUUUACUCUUCCUUUUGAGACUCGCAAGCCUAUCGCACGAGUGGCUGUUUCACCCGCUAAUACAAGCCUAGUGCUUGUAGCUGAUGAGGACGGACAUGCCAUUUUAAUAAAUGUAUCGCGUCGUGCUUUGCUUGCGCACAUGAACUUUAAGCUCCCUGUACGAGACGCCCAAUUUUCACCAAAUGGACAAUAUUUGGCCGUGACACACGGUGCUCAGGUUCAGGUAUGGCGCACGCCCAGUGUGCUUGUGCGUGAAUUUGCGCCUUUUGUUUUGCAUCGCACUUAUGUGGGACACUUUGAUGAUGUCUUGAGCAUCACUUGGUCCCGAACAGGCCGCUUUUUCCUUACUACGUCGAAGGACAUGAGUGGAAGACUGUUUAGUUUGGACCCUGUGCCAGGUUUUCGACCCAAGACAUUCUCAGGCCACCGCGAUAGUGUCGUUCGUGCCUUUUUUUCCCUGGAUGAGAAAACUAUUUAUACCGUGUCGCGCGAUGGAGCCUGCCUUGUAUGGCAAGGGAAAGAUGAUGAUAUCCAGGACAUGGAAGAGGACGCUUUGCCGCCAUCAGAAGAGGCCUUCACUGAUCCCGAAAAUGCGGUGGGCUUGACACGAUGGGGCGUCGCUGCGCGGCAUUACUUUUAUCAGACACAAACUCAUAUUACGUGCGCUGAAUUUCAUCCGGGCACGUCGCGCCUUGUGGUUGGAUUCUCUUCUGGUUUAUUCACGCUGCGAGACAUGCCUGACUUCACCGAGGUCCAUGCUUUAAGUAUUAGUCAAGAAAAGAUCACCAGUGUUGCUAUCAACAAGACGGGAGAAUGGCUCGCAUUCGGUGCGCAACGCCUGGGCCAAUUGCUUGUGUGGGAGUGGGCCAGUGAGUCGUAUAUUCUCAAGCAACAGGGUCACUUUUUUGAUAUGAACACUGUGGCUUAUGCCCAGGACGGCCAAAUGGCUGUCACAGGUGGCGAUGAUGGCAAAGUAAAGGUGUGGAAUACGGUAUCAGGUUUCUGUACCGUGACUUUUUCCGACCACUCUGCGCCAGUAUCAUGCGUUGAAUUUGCCAAACAAGGACAAGUAUUGUUUAGCGCUAGCCUAGAUGGCACUGUGCGUGCAUAUGACCUAGUUCGCUACCGCAAUUUCCGCACGUUUGCCAGCCCCACGCCGGUGCAGUUCGUGAGUUUGGCUGUGGAACCUAGCGGCGAAAUUGUGUGCGCCGGAAGCUCGGAUGCAUUUGACACGUACAUGUGGAGUGUUCAGACCGGCAAGCUACUUGAAAUACUGUCAGGUCACGAAGCGCCCGUGACUGGCUUGGCUUUUGAUCCCAGUGGUAGUGGCUUGUUGGCUAGUACGAGCUGGGACAGGUCUGUACGUCUGUGGGAAGUGUUCCAGCGUUCACAAAGUACAGAGACGAUGCCCAUAUCGUCAGAAGGCCUGGCUCUUGCCUUUCGUCCCGAUGGCCAACAGGUUUGUGUGGCGUCUCUGAAUGGCCAACUUAACUUUUUUGAUACCAAGACAGGCACACAUACAGGUGUUAUCGAUGGCCGCCGCGAUAUUGCUAGUGGGCGUCGACUAGAUGACAAGGUUCAGCAGCGGAAUAAUGCAGCGGGGUCUGCAUUUACUAGUGUUUGCUACAGUGCUGAUGGCUCGUGCGUCUUAGCUGGCGGAAACGCGAACUAUGUUUGUCUUUAUGACGUCCGUGAACGCGUAUUGCUGAAGCGUUGGACAUUAAGUAUGAACCUAGCUUUGGACGGCACGCAAGACCGCCUUGAUUCUCGUCAGGUCACUGAGGCGGGAAAUGUGGCUUUGAUUCAUGAUCUUUCAGACGAAGAUGAGCUCACGCUUGCUGAACGUGCAGAUCAAAGCCUGCCUGGUGUUCAGCGUGGAGAUCUGAGCCGUCGUUCUACGCGCUUGCAGGCGCGUGCAAAGUGCGUGCGAUUUUCUCCCACUGGUCGAAGCUGGGCUGCUGCAUCGACAAGUGGUUUGCUUGUGUACAGUCUUGAUGAGCAGGCGACUUUCGAUCCUACGGAUCUUGAUAUGGAUCUUACGCCACAGGCUGUUCGUGCCGCUUCGCACCAGGGUCAUGCGCUUGUUGCACUGCUAGGCGCUCUUCGUUUGAAUGAUCCCAUGCUAGAAGCCGAAGUGUACGAACGAAUUAAGCCUCAAGAAAUUUUGCUGGUUGCCAGGCAGUUGCCAACUAUAUACCUUGACCGAGUGCUGGGUCUGGUGGCCGCACGAAUGAAUCCCUCGUGUCAGAGUCCACAUGUGGAAUUCCAUCUCAAGUGGCUCACAGCAUUGUUCCGUUCUCAUGGCGAGGAAAUUCGGGCCAACAGUACUACCACUCUUGCUCCGGUGCUGCGUGCUGUUCAGAUGGCGCUUAAUGAACUUCGUUCCAAUGUCAAGAGCACCACCGAUACAAACACGGCUUCGAUUCUGUACAUUUGGAACAGCUUUUCGCAUCAAUCUCGGCAGGCACAUGGUAUCCCGUAG